AGGCUCAUGGGCGAGGAUGCCAUUUCCCUGGCUGAGUCCAUCAAUCUGGAAGAUGCUCAUUAUUCUUUGCUGCGAGGCGAGUUAGAGUGCGACGGUCAAAGCCUGGAAGCCGAGUCCUGGAGCGCGGCAGCCGACCCGGACUACCUGAGAGAUCUGGACCGAGGGGCCAUCAAAAGACAGGAUGUCAUCUACGAGCUGAUCCAGACAGAGAUGCACCACGUGCGCACGUUGAAGAUCCUCCGCCACGUCUACAUGCACGAAUUGCGGCAAUCGCUGCUGCUGGACGACGACAAAGUGGGCACGCUGUUCCCCGGCGUGGACGCCCUGCUCGCCCUGCACCAGCACUUCCUCGACUGCCUCAAGGUGCGCCAAAGCCAGAGUCAACAGGAGGGCAGUCCCAACGGCUACCAGAUCACCGAGCUGGGAGACAUACUCAUCGCACAGUUUUCUGGCCUGGUGGGUGAAAAAAUGAAGGAGUGGUACAGCAUUUUCUGCAGCCAUCAGACGGAAGCUGUCAGCUUCUACAAAGAGCAGCUGCAGAGCAACAAGAAGAUUCAAAGCCUCAUGAAGAAAAUUGGUCAGCUGGGACUGGUGAGAAGGUUGGGCAUCCCCGAGUGUUUCCUCCUGGUGACCCAGCGCAUCUCAAAGUACCCCGUCUUGGUGGAGCGACUGGUACAGAACACUGAAGUCGACACAGACGAGCACGAGUCUCUGCUCCAGGGCUUGGCGGCCAUCAGGGACACCAUCUCCCGGGUGAACGACAACAUCAGGGAGUACGAGAAGACCUCCCGCCUCCGUGAGAUCUGCGCGCGCCUGGAGCCCAAGUCGGGCGGCCGGAUGAAAGACGGCCAGCUGAUCCGUCGGGAGGAACUGAUCCAGGGCGACCGCGCGCUGCUGCACGAAGGCCCGCUCGCCUGGAAGUCUUCCGGCAGACACAAAGACGUCCAUGCUGUGCUGCUGUCAGACGUGCUCCUGCUGUUGCAAGAGAAAGAUCAGAAGUUGGUUUUCGCUGCUGUUGAUAAUAAACCGCCAGUGCUCAGCCUUCAAAAUCUGAUCCUGAGGGAGGUGGCCCACGAGGACAAGGCCAUGUUCCUCAUCUGCGCGUGCACCGCCGCGCCGCAGGAGGUGUACGAGAUGUACGAGCUGCACGCCGGCUCCAGGGAGGAGCGUGUCGCCUGGAUGGGCCGCAUACGGGACGCCAUAAACCGUUACUCGGCGGAGGACAAACACUUCCAGGAGCUGAUGAGCAGAUUGCAAGACUAUCAAGAGCGUUUGAAGGCGAAGGACGAGCGCAUCAAGCUGUGCCUGUCCGAGAAGCUGCAGAUUUUCAGCACCAUGUAUCAGGACAUGACCGGCCAAGAGAGCCCCACGAAAGGGCUUCUGCUGCGAGGAGACCCCGCCGACCUCCAGCAGGGGGAGACGCUGCUCAAAGGAGCCAUCCAUGAAGUGGAAAGCCUUCAAAAUCUGCUCUUCCGCACAGCUAACAUCCAGGAGGGCGAUUAUGUGUUAAAGUGGAGGUCGCACGGGAGGGCCGAGGCCUCGGGGCCGGUCGACGCUGACCCGUCUGCAAACACUCUCAUGAAUCACACGUCUCCCGACGGAGACGUGCUUAACGGGCUCAGCGUUAAGGCCGACGACGCUCCGUCCCGAGAGACGACGCGCUUCCCCGAGAGCCACGAGCAGCCUGCCACCAGCACCGCGUGGACGCAUAUUUGGGCUUCGGCCACCGGCGACUUCCGAGCCGAGGUGUGUGAACGCGUCAUACUGCUCGCCCAGAAGCUGUAUGCAUUACAAGCCGUCGUGGCCCAGCAGGACAGUCGGAUCGAGCUCCAGCACACGCUGCGUUCUCCCGGUCAAAGGCAUUCACGGCCCUCCGGCAGCGCCUUGCUGGAACAGGAGAAGCAGCGCAAUCUGGAGAAGCACAAGGAGGACCUGGCCAACCUGCACAAGCUGCAGGCGCAGCACCGCGAGGCGCAGCAACGCUGGGAGAAGGAGCGAGAGCGCCACAGCCUCUACAUGGAGGCCCUGGAGUCCGAGCUGAGGCUGCGGGAGGACGAGUGCGCCCGGCGCGAAGUGAAGCUCAGCGAGGAGAAGGGCGAGUAUGAUCGGCAGUGGGAGAACUACCAGCAGGGUCUGGAGCGCCUCCGGGAGACCACCAAAGCCGUGGAGAGGGAAAAAGAAAGCCUGAAUCAGGAGAAAGAACGUCUGGAGGACAAGCUGAAGAAGUACAUGGAGGCCGUGAGUGCGGGCAACGCAAACUAUGAUGACUCGUACAUCAACCUCUCCAGCUACAAGUCAUUCAGGGGCAGCCUCGCCAACAGCCCGACCAGCGUAAGCCCGCGUCCGCACGUCCUACUGGCCAUCGCCCGCGACGGCAACAAGGAGACGCCGCCCAAAGUCCCGCCGCGCAAGGAGAGCAUGAGCGUCCCUCCGGCGGCCAAACCCGAACUGCCCGUGCACCUGGUCAGCACCACCAACCAGGUGCACAAGGUGGCCGGCGUGGUGCAGCAGAUCCCCACCAAGCUGGCCACCAUCUCCAAGGGCAAGGACCGAGGCUUCCGUCUAAGGGCGGCGCAUCAGAGGGCCCACAGCGCAGCCUCCAUCGACGUGAGCCAGGUCGUGCCCAUCAGAGUGACGGGGAAGGAAGGAGGGAGUCUGAGGGCCGUCUCCCAUUCGGGUACAGUAGAUGAAUCAUCUGGGCAUGCCAGCAGCGUGAAAAUAUCACAGUCGUUCAUGCACCCCCGAAGUGGUGCGGAGGCCCCGCCCCCAGUCCCACCCCCUUUCCCCAAGGAAGUGCUGGAGAAGCCGACGGAGAAGGUGAUCUUCCUUUAAUUCACGCCAUUUUGGACUGAGGAGUGGAAAGACUGGAAGUCCUCUUUGAGGUACUGAACACAAAUGUGUUUUUCUUAAAACAUUUUUGCGUGAGAUGAAGAGUUUAAAAACAAAACAAAAAAAAAAAGGAAAGCGCAGGAGCCAUUUUGCACAGUGGAGAAAAUAUUAUGCUCCAUGUUAUUCAUGUUCUUACAUUGCCAAAUAUUUUUUUUUGGACAAAUGUAUUUUUGAUUGCAAAUGAACACUGCAUUUUAGGAGCUUUUUAAUUUAAUGGUGCAUGGAAGCUACUGCAGAGGAGAGUUUAGAACAAGCACUGCUUUUGAAUUAAAACAAACAAAAAAAACUGCUGCAUAUUGAAAUAGUUGUGCCCUAGCUAAUAGGCUAUGGAAUUAUU